GGAGCGGCGGCGGCGGCGGCGGCGGUGCAGGAGUAGGAGGCCGAGCCGCGGCGCCGAGGGACCGACGGGCGCGCAGGCGGGCGGCCAGGAGCCAUGGAGUGUGGCCCCGGGACUGGGGUGCGCGGGCCGCGGCGAAUGAAGUCCAGUAUCUGCAGCCGAGCUCACGGGCGCGGCCUGGCCCUGGCCUUCUCCGGGGCCCCUCUGCUCGCCUCUUCGUCCCAGUGCCUCCCCUAGCCCGGACCCGCGGUUCUUGGAAGGCGCCGCCACCACUGGGGUUUGCCCAUGCUCUUCCCUCUGCUCGGUCCCCUGUCCCCUGGCCGCUGUCUCCACCGAUCAGACUGCACCUUCCAGGCAGCUUUCCUACCCUGACUGGCUGGGGCUUCCCUGUGCAGGACAUGGAGACGUGAGGCUGCAAGGCUCCCGAGGGCUCGGCUUGGACCGAGAUGGGGCUGGGUUGCUGCCUCCUAACAGGGCUCUUGUCUGGGGCAGUGGCUGGGGGUUGCCCUCCCCCCUCCCACCCGCAUCUCGGAGCAACCCUUCCCCUCUGCUGCUGAGCGAGGCCUGUCCUGGGGCCCGGUGCCCGCCAUGAACGGCCUGUCGGUGACUGAGCUCUGCUGCCUCUUCUGUUGCCCGCCCUGCCCUGGCCGCAUUGCCGCCAAGCUCGCCUUCCUGCCGCCGGAGCCCACCUACUCCCUGGUGCCUGAGCCUGAGCCCAGGCCUGGUGGGGCUGGGACCACGGCCUUGGGGACCCUGCGGGCCUCCACGGGCACCCCCAGACGUUGGAAGCUCCACCUGAUGGAGCGCUCUGAUUUCCAGUACAGCCAGCGUGAGCUGGACACUAUUGAGGUCUUCCUGACCAAGAGCAGCCGAGGCAACCGCGUUGCCUGCAUGUAUGUGCGCUGUGUGCCCGGAGCCAGGUACACAGUCCUCUUCUCACAUGGCAAUGCAGUGGACCUGGGCCAGAUGAGCAGCUUCUACAUUGGCCUGGGCACACGCAUCAACUGUAAUAUCUUCUCCUAUGACUACUCGGGCUAUGGCGUUAGCUCGGGCAGGCCCUCUGAGAAGAACCUCUAUGCCGACAUCGAUGCUGCCUGGCAGGCCUUGCGCACCCGGUACGGCAUCAGCCCAGAUAGCAUCGUCCUGUAUGGUCAGAGCAUCGGCACAGUGCCCACCGUGGACCUGGCCUCCCGCUACGAGUGCGCCGCGGUGGUGCUGCACUCCCCGCUCACCUCGGGCAUGCGUGUUGCCUUCCCAGACACCAGGAAGACCUACUGCUUUGAUGCUUUCCCCAACAUCGAGAAGGUGUCCAAGAUCACAUCGCCGGUGCUUAUCAUCCAUGGCACGGAGGACGAGGUGAUCGACUUCUCGCACGGGCUGGCGCUCUAUGAGCGCUGCCCCAAGGCCGUGGAGCCACUGUGGGUGGAGGGCGCCGGGCACAACGACAUUGAGCUCUACAGCCAGUACCUGGAGCGCCUGCGCCGCUUCAUCUCCCAGGAGCUGCCCAGCCAGCGCGCCUAGCGGAGCUGCUGCGCCCGGAGCCAAGCCAGGAACAGACCUCAGCAAUAAGGCGGCACCCCGGCCCCAGGGGCUGCAUGUGUACCCCUCGUGAGCCCCAGUCCCCCCAGGCAGCUGGCCGGCAAUGAGGUCCAAACUGCCUGCCCCUGCGUAGGGGCUGUGGACGAUGUGCAAGGGGCAGAGCCACGCUCUCCUUUUCUUUUGGAAGCAAAACAAAGGAAAAAGGUGAAAAAUUAAAGAUUAAAAAUUUUAACGUU